AUCUUCAAAGAUUGGAUUUUUUCUGCUCUUCUUCUUCUUCUUCUUUUAAAACCAAUCCAUUGCCAUAAGUGAAAUUUCGUCAGGUGAUUGAAGAUGGGUAGGGUUAAGUUGAAGAUUAAAAGACUUGAGAGCACAAGCAACAGGCAAGUUACAUACACGAAGAGAAAAAAUGGGAUAUUGAAGAAAGCCAAAGAGUUAUCUAUUUUGUGUGAUAUUGAUAUUGUCCUUCUUAUGUUUUCUCCUACCGGAAGGGCUACUGCUUUCCAUGGAGAACACAGUUGCAUUGAAGAGGUUAUUUCCAAGUUUGCGCAAUUAACUCCACAAGAAAGGACAAAAAGGAAACUGGAGAGCCUUGAAGCAUUGAAGAAAACUUUUAAAAAACUGGAUCAUGAUGUAAAUAUACAUGACUUUUUAGGAGCAAGGAAUCAAACUAUUGAGGGUCUAAGUAACCAAGUAGCGAUUUACCAAGCUCAGCUAAUGGAGUGUCAUAGGAGGCUGAGUUGUUGGACGAACAUCGAUAGAAUAGAAAACACUGAGCACCUCAAUUUAUUGGAAGAAUCAUUGAGGAAAUCUAUUGAAAGAAUCCAGAUUCACAAGGAACAUUACAGCAAGAACCAACUUUUGCCAAUAGAAUGUACAACAACACAGUUUCACAGCGGGAUACAGUUGCCUAUGGCGAUGGGAGGUAAUAGUAGUAUGCAAGAAGCUCACUCGAUGUCUUGGCUUCCAGAUAAUGAUAACCAGCAAACAAUCUUACCUGGUGAUUCCAGUUUUCUUCCUCAUAGAGAGAUGGAUGGUUCGAUUCCCGUUUACUCAAGCUGCUUCUUUGAGUCUACAAAACCAGAAGAUCAGAUAUGCAGCAACCCGGGACAACAGUUUGAGCACUUAGAACAACAAGGAAACGGUUGUUUGGGUUUACAACAACUUGGAGAAGAAUAUUCAUAUCCUACCCCAUUUGGUACUACUUUGGGGAUGGAAGAAGAUCAAGAGAAAAAGAUAAAAUCUGAAAUGGAAUUGAACAACUUGCAACAGCAACAACAACAAGAUCCUUCAAUGUAUGAUCCCAUGGCUAAUAAUAAUGGUGGCUGCUUUCAGAUUCCUCAUGAUCAGUCCAUGUUUGUCAAUGAUCAUCAUCAUCACCAUCAUCAAAAUUGGGUUCCAGAUUCAAUGUUUGGUCAGACUUCUUACAACCAGCAACCGAACUAACUCAAGACAUGGCUCAUGUAUGUAUGAUGACUGGACUUAUGUCUGACCAAGGACAAGUUUGAGCCAUUGCUACAAUGUCCAAGAUAAAUAUAUAUAUAUGUAGAGAGAGAGAGUGUUUACAUGUUUUUGUAUGUAUGAGCUUGUGUCAUAUACUGAGGGGAGUUUUAGGCAUUUUGUGUAUAAGAGAUGUUGUCUAGGAACCAUAUAUUAUGUUUUACAAGAAUGACAAAUAUAAUUACCAAUAUGUU